AUGUCAGAAAAUGUGUUCCUCACCAGUGGAGUCAAUAAUAUGCUGAUCUUCUUAUAUGAUUCCAAAGCGGCGCUUCUGAAAUAUGGCUGUGGGCGUGUAGAGGUGGUUUGCGUGUGGGUGGGUAUUAGAGGGUGGAUCUGUGGGGUGGGAGUUUGGUCUGCACCUUCCCCAGACGCAGCCGGGGCCACACACACGCACACACACCUGAACAGAUUAUACAGAGCCUUCAGCAGCUCAGUUUUGUCACCUGAACACAGACACAGACGAGGCAUCAUGUCUUCUAAAGGUGCAGACAUCGACUUUGAUGCAGACUUUGUAUACGACUACUAUACACUACGUGUUGGAGGUCUGGUUUUCGCCGGGGUCAUUGUGUUCCUUUCCAUCAUUCUGUUGGCAGGCAACAAGCUCACCAACUGUGGCAAGUCCAAGCCAAGACAUGUUGAAGAGGACUAAACUGAGCAGAACCAACCAGGAGAGUGUCAGAAUGUGCUACAAUGCUGCCUAUUGUUAUGUGUGUAAAAAUGAGGCUUUUGUAUUAAUAAAGUGUACAUAACCUU